CAGCGCCUCUGAGCCACGUGAUGAUGUUCUCUCAGCCAAUCAGAGGCGCCCUUUUUGUAGUAGUUUGGAGCUGUCGCUAGGUUUUUGAUUAAUAGAUUUAUAGCCCGGAACUGUUUACUUCCUGGAACUGAAAGCAGCAACUCGAGCAUGUCUACACGCUUAAGAUAUCAUCUUUUUCCCUCUGGGAUUAAUAGAGUGACCCAUCUAUCUAUCUAUCUAUCUAUCUAUCUAUCUAUCUAUCUAUCAUCUUUUGUUCCUUCUUUCCUUUUAAAAUCCAAUAAAAGUGUAGUUUGUUUAAAAAUGAAAUGUCCACAAAGUCCCUGUUACUGCAGAUCAGCAGACAUGUUUGCUUCUUUAGAUUUGGACACAGUUUCAAAAAUAGAUGACUAUGUGUGUUUAAUAUACACAUGAAUGUGAACAAUAUUAACUAAUUUAUUAAGAUAUUAUUCCCCACCUUCAGACUUUAGACCACGCCCAGUUCCUGAGUCUGAUCCUGGCCUGAAGCGACAGCACACUAAAGCCGACUUUAUAUUCUACAGUUUUUUGACCUGAUUUAGCAGUUGCACACAUUUUCACUUACAUUAUAGCAGCUUUAAGUCGUUCCUUCACUUCUUUUUUCUCUCUCUUGCAGUUAUUAAAACAAAAAAUACGCAGCUUGUCAUGAAACCUCAAAGCGUAACCUCAUCUGUCCUGAAGACGUCAGAAAACGUAAAGUUAGCUUCUCUGACUGAUACAAAGCUCUGACACUGGAGAAUCCUUCAAUAAAUAUUAAAUAAAUAAACAUUUCCUUACAGAAAACCUCACCACAUUAAUGAUUACACAUUUUUUAAAUCUAUUUAUGUGAAUUAAUAUUUAUAGAAAUGAUAACAUGUUAGAAUGAGCGCAUUAGUAUAAACUGUUGUUAGAGAAAAUUGAUCAACACUUUCUGACCAAUCAGAAUGCAGAAUUCAGCAGCACUUGGUGUAAGAUGUUAAUUAUGAACAUCUCGGUCGUUAUUGUUGGCUUGUCAGCAUCACAUGAGCGCUUGAUCACAUGCAGGGUCGUGUCGUGUGGUCUGAUGGGCUUGGGGAGGUGUUUUAGUUCCCAGCCUGUGGGAGUGUGAUGUGUGUGUGUGUGUGAUGUGUGUGAUGUGUGUGUGUGUGUGUGUGCAUUCAGAUAAACUAUAGAACUGAACAUAACCAGGACACAAAAAAGAGCAUCACAAAUUAAAGACUCUAUUUUUUUUUUUAAAGAUUGAUUUCCAGUGCAGGGUUUGGAAUUGUGCAGGUUUGGGAUGGACAUGUGGAGACAGUCUUAUUCACUUUGGACCCAUAUCUUUUUUUAAGUAAUUUUCAGAAGCCCCCCCCCCAUACACACUCUUUCACCCUGUUUUUUCUUCUGCUUUCACGCUUUCUCUCUGUUCUGCUUCUCUUCUCUAUUCUCUUUAAUGAUCUAGCUCUAAUAUGUGUUUGACUUUGUGCUCACAUGGUUGUCUUGCUGUUAAAUGCUCGUCCAUGUCCAUCUACAGCUAGUACAUUAGGCGUACAGUUUGAUUUAAUGGAAACUGAAAGCAUUCAAGCUUUCCUAAGAGAGAUGGCGUGGCACUAUGGGUAAUGUAGGGUGUAUGUAGUGACCUAAGUCCCUCGUGAAAUCCAUCCUGCUGUGACUGAGCUUCUACCUUAAAGAGAUCAUCAUGGAGAAAUUGUAUAUUUCCACCUUAUUGUAUAGAAAUUGUAUAGAUCCACCUUCACAGAGUAGAACCGGUCUGGUGUCUCCGUCACCAGUGAGGCAUGUUGUGCCUGUUGUGUGAGAGAGGGCAUAACACGGGCGUGGCCCAGAGAAAUGUCCUCAGGGUGAACAUGGUGACAUCACAGAGCACUUUAUUUGUUUGAAAUCAUUGCACUUACAGGAAAGCUGUAAAAGUGUUUGAUCUUAAUGCUGGUUAAUGUUUAGGAGCAGAGUUGUGAGCAGGAUUUGAAACCUUUUGUGUGUAUGUAGCGUGCAUGAACAGUUUUUUCCCUGACUGGUUAUGUUGUAUCAGUUGUGUUUUAGUUUUCUCAGGGGACCCGAAACUAUGGCUGGAAAAAGUACAGAGAAAUGUCCUUAAGUAAACGGGCGAUUCCCCACAAAUGGGAACCUUACCAUGGAAAUUAAAGCUGUGAGCACAGGAACAAAACUACUUUUACGGAAAGGCAUCGAUGUACCAUGCCGCUAGUGAAAUGGAGUCUCUUUUUCUCCAGUCUUUCGGUCUCUCUUUCUCUCUCUAUCUUUCUGUAUCUCUCUCUUUCCCGGUUCCAGAGGUGAGGAAAGCAGGCAGCUUGGAGAACCAGGUGGAACAGUUUUAAUAAGAGGCCCACAGUCACCAUGGCAACCUCAAGCUUUGAGUGGCUUACGAAAGCUUUCUCUGCUCGUCCUCUCUCUCUCCCGGUUUCUCUCUGUAUCUCUCUCUUUAUUUAUCUCUCUUUCCCCUCUUUUUCUGCAUAAUUUCUUUCUGCGUCAUAUGGAUUUAUCUAAACAGGAGGAGAACAGGAGGCAUGUGGGCGUAGAGGGAGGAGAGGAGUGGAGGAAAUGGAGGGAGUGAUUGCAGUGUGUCUGUUACCACACUAAUGAAAGGACGACGUCCUCGCCGCAAAACAGCCAACGCAUCACACCAGUCACAGGACCAUGAAGAAGAGAAAGAAGAAGAUAUCACUUCCUCCUUGUGCCCAUUAUGUGGGCGGGCUUUUGACAUACCCCUCCUCCUACCCUGCGCACACACUCUAUGUGGGCAGUGCUUAACAGAGAAGGCGAGAUUAGAUAAACGCAAGUCUGCACUAAGAACUGCAGCACAGGCGUCUUGUACGAUCUGUGCUGUCUUCUGCCCGCGCUGUUGCCAUGGCGUUGAAUUGCCCUGUUCUGAUUGGUCGACUGCUACUGCAUGCCUUCCCCUUGACCCUACAGUGACCUUUCACUCGGAAUGUGGUGCACAGGAGGAGGAUGAGAAUGAGGAGGGGGUCAAGAAAAAAACUGCACAGAAACCAGGAGGCGACGUGGAUCUGUCCGAGGAGGAGAUGGAACGUUCCGUCUCAGGUCUACUCUUUACUCUAGACUCCUCCUUCAUAGCCCCACCCCUCCAGCUCACUAACUCCGCCCUCACGGUCACCUUCAGGGACUCUGGCCCUCAGGCUGAGGGUCGUGACCUCUGUGCGUCUCUCCCUCAGGUGUGUGCUGAUGUGGAGAUCCUCAGAGGACAGUACUACUGGGAGGUCGAUGUGUGCAACAGCGCCCUCUACCGCAUCGGUGUGAGCUCAUUGGCUGGUGGGGAGGCGUGGUGGUUUGAGAGGCAUGGCUCUGGAUUCCAUGCUGUGUUCGAUGGCAGGCGCGAGCUCCUCCCCUCAGUACCGCCACAUCUUAAAACAGUGGGCGUGUUCUUAAAUGUGGGUGGGGCUUCCCUCACAUUCCACAACCCAUUAACAGAAGAACUUCUUGCCACGAUCCCAUCCGUCUUCACUCCUCCUCUUUCCCCCGCAUUCCAGCUGGGCCAGGGAAGGCUGAAGCUCCGCCCGGGCCUGCCUCCACCCAACCAUGUCUUUCUUAGCCGCAACUCUGCCUAUCGUGGACCUGAAGGGGCGGGGCGAGGGCGGUGGAGGCGGGACGUUGCGUUUGGAUCAGUGAGGGCCGUGAUACAGAAGUUUGAAGAAAUGGCAGCUUCAGAUUCCGAUUCAGGCCUGAUGUCGAGCUGUAGCUCCAACUCCACGCUGACCUCCAUCCCUGACCCGAGUCCAGAAACUUCCACACAUCCUCCUGCACAAGAACACUGAAGAACCUGAGAGUGCUGUCUACUGCCUAUUUCAUGAUCAUUUGGACAAGAUAACAAUCCAGAAACUACUCUGCUGCUUCCUGUACAGUAUCACUUAUUAUCUGCAGUGCUAACAGUGAGCGAGUGAUAUCUGAGGUCAUCUGUCAUGCUCUGUCAAAACAGUUCUCCUUCACUGCAUUAAUACAAUGCUAAUUAACACUAGCAUCUUUGUAGCCUAACAAGUUCGCUAAUCAACAAAUAAAUAAAUAAACAAGCUAACCGUG